CGCCCUAUUGGUUAUUUUAACUUCAGUACUUCCAUAUUUCACAGCAGAUUUAUUAGAACCUAACAAAUAAAAUAUAGAUAAUUUUUAUAAACCUAUUGUAGGUGUUCCAAAAAUGCCGACAACUUUUGGGCGCCACAGUAAUUCACAGCCUGCUUUGUCCGGAGCGACACUGUCUAACUAUUGGGAAGCCUUCAGGCGCAAGGUGAGCACUACUAUCAGAACUACACCCCCCGAAAAUGUACAACUUUUGGAAGUACCACCAGAGCAAUCCUGGUCUGAUUCGGUCAAUGAAAUGGUGCACCUCACUUAUUCACAGCGAGUUGCUGGGUUUUUAAUGACACUUGCAAUGGGAAUUCUAUGUAUUGUAUUAUCGAUAUCAAUGGCCGCAACAGUGGUUGUAUCACCACGGAAGUUUAUUUUUUUUCUAACCCUUGGUAACUUUCUUUGCUUCUCUGCAUCGAUCUUUUUGGUUGGCUUCACUUACCAGAUCAAGCACAUGUUUGAGUCUAAACGAGCGAUGGCAGCUUCUUUCUACUUGUUUUCUGUGGUUUGUACACUUUUUUGCGCCGUACGGCUUCGCAGUAGUAUAGGGUGCAUUAUUUUUGGUGGGGUACAAUUGGCUUCUCUAAUGUGGUACGUUCUGAGUUUUAUCCCGUUUGCCCGUAAUUUUCUCAGUUUUAUUUGGCUAUCGGUUUUGUACCCCAUUAUAAGGGUUUUCCAAAGUACAGUGAGCAAAUGUUUAAGUCGAUUUUAAUUCGCCAACGUUAGCCAAAAAAAUUCUUUAUUUCACUUUUCCCGAGUCAAUGAUCACUUUUUCAAAAAAAUAAUAAUAAA